UCUUGCACCGCGGAGCUGUGUGAAAAAUGGCUGAGGUAGAUUUUGGGGAUAGUGAGCUCUUCCAGCAGCUUGAUGACUCUGCACCGCCGCUCCCGACGCACAUUCGCUUCACGGAAGAUGGAGAAGACCAGGGGGAGACGAGCCAGCUGCGGAACAGGCUGGAGGAGUGCGACGACUACAUUCAGAGACUCUCUGAGGAGAAUAAAGUAUUACGAAGGAAGCUAAACAUCCUGACACGACCAAGCGGCGUUACAGUUGAAGAUGUCAACAUGGACGGGCCCGUUCUUCAGAUACUUUACGCCAACAACCUUAUCUCAAAGCAGUGUCGCCAAGAAAUUGAAGAUUGCAUCUGCAGUGUGAUUUUGAAGCACCACAAACCAGGCAAUGAAAAAAAGAAAUCGUCCUUUCAUAUGAAACCUCAGAGUUCGGCUUUUGCUAUGGAUGACGAUCCGCAGAAGUUGUCUUCUAGUAGUGUGAGAACAACAACAGAAGCAUUUAAAGUUGUUGGAAGUGUCUUGUAUUUCACAACUUUCAGCGUUGAUAAACUUGGACAACCUCUGGUGAAUGAAAACCCUCAGAUGACAGAUGGAUGGGAUGUUCCAACCUAUCACCAGGUUUUUAACCAAGUGAUUGGAACUGAUGGACAGGAAAUAGAAAUGAAGGACAAAAGACCCAAGUCGAUGUGUUUCAACUGUGGUUCAGGUACUCAUCAGAUGAGAGACUGUCCCAAGCCUAAAGAUAUGGCUGCAAUUAAUGAGAGAAGAAAGGAGUUUAAUCAGAACAACAACCAGGCCAUGCAGAGUAACCAGCGAUACCAUGCUGAUGAAGUGGAGGAACGGUUUGCUAAAUACAAGCCUGGGGUCAUGAGUGAGGAGCUGUUGACAGCACUGGGAAUUGAUGGCAACACCCUGCCUCCUCUUAUUUAUCGCAUGAGGCAGCUUGGCUACCCACCAGGUUGGCUCAAAGAGGCAGAAAUGGAAAACUCUGGCUUAUCACUGUAUGAUGGAAAUGUGUCAAAUGAUGGCAGUGUUACAGACAACAGUACUUCCUAUGAUGUUUCCAAACUGGUGGAUUUCCCAGGCUUCAAUGUACCUGCACCACACAAAAUGAAAGAUGAGUUCAUGCAGUAUGGUUCAGUUCCAAUGCAGAGCAGCCACAUGAAGCAGAACUAUGCAGCCUACCUGUCCAACAACUUUCCAAUGCCUGGUGCCACCAGCAACAAGAGACGACAUGACACCGACUCAUCUCCACAGCAUAGGAAGAAGACUAGGUCAAGUCCUGAUCGCAAUUCAGACAGGAGCUCAGAUAUGGAUAUUGAAUCAGAUCCAGGAACACCUUAUUAUAAUCCUAAUGCUGAUGGCUUCAAGUUCCAACCACCGCUUCCCCCUGGCUCGCCUGGCUUCAGUUCACCUCCUCCUUUACCCCAGGGCACUCCUCCUGCUACACCCACUCGCCCACCUCUCCCUAAAGGUACUCCUCCACCCACACCCACUAAUGGCUCUCCAGCUCUGCGGGGACAUAACUGGGUGGUAGUUGAUGAGACUGUGGAAGGAACAGAGGAUGACCUGACACUGGAGGAACUGGAAGAGCAGCAGAGGCUAAUCUGGGCAGCUCUAGAAAAUGCAGACACCGCCACGAAUAGUGACUGUGACGCACCUGCACUGGGAACACCUGGACAUGGCGACACAGAAUCAGAGGAAGUUAAAGAAGCAAUGGACACAAUGAAACCUGUAGAAUCUUGCCAGAGCACUGAAAAUCAAAGGGAACCGAGUGUUCAAGAGACUUUCUGUGAGAGUCCUGGACCAAUCAAAGUUGAAGAUGACAGCCCUCAGAGCCCUGAAGCAGUCAAAGCACAAGAUGACAGCCCUCAGAGUUCCCCUGCAGUCAAAUCCCAUGAUGAAAGCCCACAGAGCCCUGAUCCAGUCAGGUGCCCAGAAGACAACCCACAGAGCCCUAAUGCAGAUUCCUCUAAUCAAGCAGCAGGAGAUUGUGCCUCUCCUAAGAAUGUGGAGAAGAUAACAGCUGUUCCUCAUCGGAGCAAGUUUGCAGCGGGCAUUGUUCCAUUUGAGGAUACACCAGAAUUCACUGAAGUUGCUGAAGCAACAGGAACUUACCUUAGAAUCAGAGACUUACUGAAAGGCUCCCCUCGAAGUUUGGCAAAGAAAAAAUGAAACUGUAGCAUUUUGAUUACAUCACAAGAAUACAAUAUGUGGAUAUUUUUUAAGCAAAACCUUCUGUUUUCAUCUACAUCAAGCAUGAUCUUUUAACUGUUAUUUUGUACCAAGGUGAAUGUCUAUGCUUUGUAUACAUUUGACCUGUAAACAUAGUGAGGGAGAGCCUUUUAUGGAUAUGCUAACAGCAUGCACUCUGACCAGUUAGACCCAGAUUUUUGCAGCAGUUGUGUUACAUGAGCUGUUAAUUUUAUUGUAAAAUUUGUAAAAUCGUGAUUUCUUGUAUUAUUUUUCAUAUCUUGCUGUUCAAAUGGCUUUUUCUAUUUUUGUCUUACUUAGUUUGCUCUAAAAGGAUGAAGUAAACAUGGUUGUAUUUUC